AGUGGGAAAAUGAAGAGAAGGGGAACCCACCUGGCUGUUGUUAUUUUGUGCCCUGUGUGUGUUCUGAGUCUGUGGACUCCUUGGCUAACGUGCUGUGAAUAAUGUAAAGUGAUUAUAGAAAGACAACUACACAAUGCUUGAAGGUGCUAGUGGGUUUGUUUCUUUUGUGUCACCACUGCUGGAAAGGGAACCUCUACCUUCUGACACACAUGAAGAACUAUCAGCUGAGAGUGGACCUGGAAGACUUUGACGGGUUAAAGGCUUAUGCACUCUACACCUCUUUCUCUGUGGACUCUGAAGCUAAUGGCUAUGCACUCCAUGUUAGUGGCUUCGUCGAUGGAGGAGCAGGCAUUUGCUGCCCUGCUGUUCCUGCUCCCUGUUGCCGUCCACUCUCAGCUUUCGCUGCCGCUGGACUGUGCAGACAUCCAAAACCAUGACAACAGACAGCCCAGCGGGGUGUACACCAUCUUCCCGAUCGGGUCCACAUCAGCUGUUCGGGUGUACUGUGACAUGGACACAGACGGAGGGGGUUGGACUGUCUUUCAGAGGAGACUGGAUGGCAGUGUGAAUUUCUACAGAGGCUGGGAUCAGUAUAAGGCAGGAUUUGGGUUUGCAGAUGGAGAAUAUUGGCUGGGGCUGGAGAGCCUCUUCCACCUGACGCUGAGGAAGAAAUAUGAGCUGAGGGUGGAUAUGGAGGACUGGGAAGGAGGGAGGGUGUUUGCUCACUACUCCUCUUUCUCUGUGGAUCCAGAGAGCUUUGGCUACACUCUGUAUGUGAGCGGCUUCAGUGACGGAGGAGCAGGUGACUCUCUGAGUGGACACAGUGGACAGAAGUUCUCCACGUUUGAUAAAGAUCAGGAUUCUUCUGAGAAUAACUGUGCAAAACUCCAUCGUGGAGCAUUUUGGUACAGCGAUUGCCACGCUGCAAAUCCCAAUGGUUUGUACCUGUGGGGAAGUGAUAAAACUCAUCAUGCUACUGGAGUUGAGUGGAGGUACUGGAAGGGUAAUGAUUACUCUCUCAAGACCAUCGGCAUGAAGAUCAGACCUGUUUCCUCAGCUAUUUAACCACAACUGUUCUCAUAAACAGUUAAAGGAAUAGUUUGGUGAAAAAUGUAAAUGAUUAAAGACAUUUUUUGUCCAAGUUUUCCUUCUUUAGUUUAGCUCUGUAGCUGCUAGGCUAAUGUUGCUAACGAACACUGGAAGUCAGUAGUUACUCAAAGUGUUUCCACAAAUACCUGCCAAAAUCAUUUAUUUGCUUCAAAUUCUGUUAUAUAAAUUUGUUUAGAAAAACGGAAUCUGGUAGAGUGGCGUUCACAGGCCUCAAUAAGACAUUUAAGCUAAAAUUGGAACUACUUUAUCAUCCGCAAUACAUUCCAGCUUUCCGGUAUGAUUCUACCUUCAAACUCUGAGAAGCUGGAGAGCAGGGUUAGCCAGCCAGCCUGCAGAUGCAAUGCUAGCAUUAGACGGACCGCUGUCUUUCUCUGGAACUCAGUUGUUUUGUGUUGCAUACUGAUAGACUCAGGCCUGGGCCCACCUGUAGCCCCAGGGCCCACAAGAAGGUGAAAGCGACUGUGGGUAUGUUACCAAUCAGGGCCGUCAUGCCCAUUCAAGCUGUUUGGUAUCUGUAUUUUCACGAUUUUAUUUUAAUACUAUUAUUUUUUAUAGUAUUAGUUAUGUUCAUUUUAUGUUAUGAGUGCAGUGUAUUCUUCUAAUUAUGUCAGAUCUUACCCCCAAAAGUCGCGCCCCCCUAUCCUUAUGAUAUUGGUUUCUUCCAAAAGUUGCAGAUGAAAUCGGGUCUCGGCGGCAGGUCCAGACAGACAUAGCAGUCUGUGCUCAUCAGUGCUGUAUGGCUGAUGAACGAUGUGUUGCCAAAGUCUGCACAUCAAUGCCUUUUGCAAAUGUGUGAAAAUGAAAUCAAUCAAUCAACCUUUUGUUUAAACUCGGAAUACACUGAGGGAGACCCUCAUUUACAAUGUAGCAGAGUAAUACAGGAAUCAGGGAUUGAGAAGUUGUACAGUAAAAAAAACAUAAAUCAAAUGUUACAAUUAAAUAAUAAAAAUCAUAAAAGUAAAUUUUAAUAUUUAACAAUAAUAAUGAUAAGAAGAAGAAGGUGGAAUAAUAAGAAAUGCAAUUAGUUUUACACACAUUCGAGUGCAUUUGGGAAAUAUAUGCAUAGUGACAUUGUGCACCGUGAUAGCUUAGCAUCCUAUGUAAUGUCUGUGAAGCUGAGCUGUGUGACCCGUAUAGCACUGAGCAUCAUCUGUUCUCAUGCCGCUUUCUCUGCACUGUGUCUGUAAAUAGAGCUGUUAUCAUGCUGGCAGGUUUCUUUCAUCUGUGGCUUUAUUGUCUAUGUUCUCUUAACUAAUUUGGAUUGUAGAUGUGGACUUUUUUCUGAAUUUGCCCCUUAAUUUAAGCUGCUUUUUAAAUGAAGCAGGCAAGAUGUAGCUCUUUUUCAAGAAAAGCAGCAGCAGUGUAAGCUCGUGUAGAAGUGAGUGAAUAAGUGAGUCAUUUUCAACAGAACAGCACAAAUAAUUGAUAUGAAAACCUCUAAAUUAAUAUACAGUAUUUACCCUGAUAUAAAGUGGGAGAUUGCUGAGGUACGAAAACUGAAGUUUUAAAAUAAUCGCCUCAAAGUCAAUAUGCAGAAAAUCAUUAUUUUCUCUUAUUUAUUUAUUUUUCUGGGGAAGGACCCCCAUGCCCCCCACUCUUAUUGAAUCAAUAACCGGUGCUUUACUAA